GGCGAACAAAGAGGCGGCGGGCGCGGGCGGCCGAGCGGAGCCGAGCGCAGCCGAGCCGGGCCGAGCCGGGCCGAGCCGGGCCGGGCCGGGCCCAGGAGCGUGCGGGCGAUGCGGGCGGCCAGGCCGGGCUCGGCGGGGACCUGAGCCCGGCGCCCGGGACGGCGAGGCAGCCCCGCGCGGCGGCCGCGCCCCGCCAUGGCCGGGGUCAGCUACGCGGCGCCCUGGUGGGUCAACCUCCUGCACCGGCUGCCGCACUUGGACCUGCGCUGGGAGCCCACGGGCAGCCAGUUCCGGCCCGAGGACAGCGACUACCAGCAGGCACUGCUGCUGCUGGGGGCCACGGCGCUGGUCUGCCUCGCCCUGGACCUCCUCUUCCUGCUCUGCUACUCCUUCUGGCUCUGCUGCCGGCGGCGCAAGAGUGAAGAGCACCUGGACGCCGACUGCUGCUGCACCGCCUGGUGCGUCAUCAUUGCCACGCUGGUGUGCAGUGCCGGCAUUGCUGUGGGAUUCUAUGGCAAUGGGGAGACCAGUGACGGCGUCCAUAGGGCCACCUACUCGCUCCGCCACGCCAACCGCACGGUGGCCGGGGUGCAGGACCACGUGUGGGACACAGCCAUUGCCCUCAACCGCACGGCAGAGCCCAGCCUGCAGAGCCUGGAGCGGCAGCUGAGCGGCCGGCCGGAAUCCCUGCGGGCAGUGCAGCGGCUGCACGGCCUGCUGGAGACGCUGCUGUACUACACGGCCACCAUUCCCUUCUGGAGGAACCCGGCCGUGUCGCUGGAGCUGCUGGCUGAGCAGGUGGAUCUCUGUGACUGGUACAGGUGGCUGGGCUACCUGGGCCUGCUGCUACUGGACGUCAUCGUGUGCCUCCUGGUGCUGGUUGGCCUCAUCCGCAGCUCCAAGGGCAUCCUGGUGGGGGUCUGCCUGCUGGGGGUCCUGGCUCUGGUCAUCGGCUGGGGUGCGCUGGGCUUGGAGCUGGCCGUGUCUGUGGGCUCCAGUGACUUCUGCGUGGACCCCGACACCUAUGUGACCAAGAUGGUGGAGGAGCACUCGGUGCUAAGCAGCGGCAUUCUGCAGUACUACCUGGUCUGCUCACCCCGUGCCACCAACCCCUUCCAGCAGAAGCUGUCGGGCAGCCACAAGGCCCUGGUGCAGAUGCAGGACCUGGUGGCCGAGCUGCUGAGGAGCGCCACACGGGAGGACCCGGCCACCAAGGACCCACUGCUCCGUGUCCAGGAAGUGCUAAACGGCACGGAGGUCAACCUGCAGCGCCUCACGGCCCUGGUGGACUGCCGCAGCCUGCACCUGGAUUAUGUGCAGGCGUUGACGGGCUUCUGCUACGACGGCGUCGAGGGGCUCAUCUACCUGGCCCUCUUCUCCUUCGUCACAGCCCUCAUGUUCAGCUCCAUUGUCUGCAGUAUCCCACACACCUGGCAGCAGAAGAGAGGAGUGGAUGAGGACGGGGAGGAGGAGGCGGCGGUGCCGGGCCCGCGACAGACACACGACAGCCUGUACCGCGUGCACAUGCCGAGCCUGUACAGCUGCGGGAGCAGUUACGGCAGCGAGACCAGCAUCCCGGCCACAGCCCACACCGUCAGCAAUGCCCCGGUCACCGAGUACAUGAGCCAGAAUGCCAACUUCCAGAACCCUCGGUGUGAGAACACUCCCCUCAUCGGGCGCGAGUCCCCACCGCCCUCGUAUACAUCCAGCAUGAGAGCCAAAUACCUCGCCACGAGCCAGCCUCGCCCCGGCUCCAGCGGCAGCGGACACUAGACCGUGAGCGCCUCCUGCCCCACGUGCCAACAGCCCCACCCCUGCAUGGCCACGCUGGACCCUCCGCGAGCUUCGCCAUGGCAGCCCUGGGCACAUUUGCUGGCCCCAAGCCCUCUCCCCGUCCCUGCAGGGGCACAGAGAUGAGGACACCCCCAGAACAGACUGACCGCCACUGCCCCCGUCCCUCCUUCC